AUGUCCCAGAGUUAUAUUCCAAUUUCGGUACGGAAUCGUGAUAACGAGUUAAUUUAUCAAACUCUCAGGUCAUUACUCAGAACAAAAAUGUAUCACAACGCUUCCACAAGCAGUAAUUACUUGUGUCAAGUUUGCGCUGACAGAGCAUCGGGUUUUCAUUAUGGAGUUUUCGCAUGUGAAGGCUGCAAAGGUUUUUUUCGCCGUUCUAUUCAGCAGAAAAUUCAGUACCGUCCAUGUACAAGAAAUCAGCAAUGUGUUGUUGCACGAAAUAACCGUAAUCGAUGUCAACAUUGUAGAUUACAAAAAUGCAUCAAAGUGGGGAUGUCAAGAGAUGCUGUACGAUUCGGCAGAGUACCAAAACAUGAGAAGGCUCGAAUGGCUGAAGAGUUGGCUCGUGUCACAGUACGUACUUUAACAGACGCUAUCAGAAGCUCACUUCUCGAUGGAAAUUUGGUUAUGGAAUCUUGUCUUAAUGGUUUCUUGCGUUUGACGGAAAACGUGAAAAAACUGCUUGAACAGUCAUCUAUUCGGAGUAUCUGUCCAAUUGGAAGGAUUCAUGCACACAGUACGAUAAAAGCAGUCCACGAAUUCUCUCAAAGCAUUCCGGGAUUCAGUUUGUUGCAUCAUCAAGACCGAAUACAACUGUUAAAAGGCUCAUUAUUUCAAACAACGAUGUUGGCAGUGAUGUCAGCUUUGGAAUCAGAAGGAAGGAAUUUGAUGGCGAUUCGGACUUCGGUGGAUGAUAGCCAGCAGAAUGCUUACUCUCCUCUCACUAUUUUCUUGCAAAAAUUCAAUUCAUUAAAAUUAUCAGUACAACAAAUUGCCCUUUUGACUGCUGCUAGCAUGUGUGCCAGUGAGAAACCACUUCAGAAUCAACCUGAAAUGGCAACGUUGAUUCAUAAUCGUUUGCGUCAUCUAUUCCGUGAUACUUUCUCAGAAGAGUUCCGUUCUAUGGCUUUCUAUAUUUUCCAGUCCCUUCAAAAUGAAUUGGAGAUUCAAAAUGCAGUCCACCAGCAAACUCUUGAAGCUACUACUGUCUGGCCAGGCAGUUACUGCUCAUCCACGUCGGAUUCUUCUACAACGUCUAUUUCUGAUGACAUUCCAAACGCCGCUAAAACGACGGAAGCAGAUUCGUUGGUAAUAAGAAGUUGUGAACCGUUGGAAAUGGAAAAACGACCUGCAAAAACGAUUUCACCUCCCUCUAUGGAGAUUCAAAUUAGCCCUAAAGAAAUAGCUGUGAAUUCUUGUUGUGAUCGCACAGAAUUGCGAUCUUUUGUGAACCAGACGUGCAGAAAUAUUCCCAUUACUAAGCCAUCCAUUAUUGAAUCUCAUCGAUCAGUGGCCUGUCUACUCAGUCGACCGCCUAUUUUGCCGCUAGCUUUGGCGACACUGCGAAGCAGCAAUUCCACUCGGAAACGCGUAAUAUGUGAGGAAUCUCAGUCAAGAGAGACAACUUCUUCACAGAACGUGAGGCAUUGUUUGUAUAAAGAAGCAGCAGUGAUUUCGGUAGAUGAACAACCUCUGGACUUAAGUAUGAAACGUAUAUGA